CGAUCCUUGGCCUCUGGUUUUGCCAUGGAUUCUUUUCCUGCGGGCAGCCCGCCCCCCUCUCGGCCUCUGCUUCUCCUCCGUCACUGCCUCGGCCUCCCCACGUCCCUCGUCAUCGCCUUCGGCGCCUACGCAGCCGUUUGGACUCCAGCCAUUUUGAGUCAAGGGGCUCGGUCGGCACAGCCCGCCAGUCGCCCCCUCCCCGGCCGUGCACGGCGAUCGGUGGCGAGGGAUGACGCUGAAGUACCCGGCGGCGUACCUGAUGUGCGUGCUGGCGGGCAAGGAGGCCCCCACGGCGGCGGACAUCCAGAAGGUGCUGGAGUCCGUGGAGUCCGAGUACGACGGCGAGGUCGCCGGGAAGCUCGUGUCGGAGCUCGAGGGCAAGACGAUCUUCGAGAUCAUCAAGGACGGCAAGGAGAAGCUGAAGGGCUUCGGCGGCGGCGGGGGGGGCGGCGCCCCGGCGGCAGGCGGCGGUGGCGGCGGCGGGGGAGGCGGCGAGGCGGCCGCCGUGAAGGAGGAGAAGAAGGUCGAGGAGGAGGAGGAGGAGGAGGACGUGGACUUCGACCUCUUCGGCUGAGCGGGGCGCCUUCGGCAAGCCCACCCCCCUGCCGGCCACCUCGCCCUCUCCGCGCGCCGCUGCGCUUGCCGCGGCCUCCUGCCCCUCCCGAACAAAA